GGGCUUUCAUGUUUAUUCAUUCCCUCGCCCAACUGCAUUCUUGCUCGUUCCUAUUGCUAAUGGGGCUCUCUGUGACUAGACCCGAUCAAACGGCCCCUAUAAUUUCGCUAUGGCGCAGCCUACCGGUGACAAGGCUUCACAGCCUCUUACAUCGACUUUCAGUCACCCGACUUGGCAAUCAAGUGGCAUCUGGGGAAAUAGCUCCAUGAUUGGUGGUUCAUUAAACUCCCGGCGAGAUGUGCCGGUUUCUCGAGAAUCAGAUGAACACUCCCCUAGCACUACUACAUCAUCCGCCCAACUAAAUUCACACCAUCAAACUGCACCGUGGGCUUCCCGAGGUGGCAUAUGGAACCAGGCAGCUGGUGCACAGCAUGCUGCAUCAUCCUCCGGGAGCACCUCGCCAACGCGAACAAGGGAUGGGUUUCAGCACAACUUUUCCGAAGCCUCAGGUAACGCCCAUAUAUUCCCACUAAGACAGCAGGCAGCCCAGAAUGGAACGGUUCCUUCGAGCAGGACAUUACCGCCGGGUCCUUCGGAUUCCUCAACUUCAGCUUUCAAAUAUCCCACGGCUUUUGGAGAUUCGGUUGGUGAUGAGCGAGGAAGUUCUAGCCUAUAUCCCUCGAACAAUAAUGCUCAGCUAGACAUUGAUACCUCUGCGCUCUACCGGCGCAACUCGAACGACCCAACAUACCUUAACCUGGGGCAUAGUCGACAACCUACUCUCUCUUCAAGACAGCCCGAUAACGAAGUAUCGACAUCGUCUCAUCGUUAUGAUAGUUCAAACUAUCCAUUUACCAAAGCAACAACCCAUACCAAACCACAAGGUCAACGCCCUUCCAUCUCGGGCGUCUCCGGAAAUCUGCCAUCAGAGUCGAACCGCUCUAAUGGCUUUGCGUUUGGCACGGCAGAUGCUCAAGGCCAUGAUCUUGAAGAGAGUUUCAACCGAGCUCUGUCCUUGGAAGACAACUCCGACACUCUGGUCAAUGGUUAUGCGAGUAACGGACACUUUAACCCGGCCAGUCAGCCCUUCCAAUCCAACCCUGGUUCUCAAGCUUGGCAACAUGAACUGGGAAAUUCGCGGUUUAAUCAGACCUUGCAAGAAUCAUGGACGGAACCUUUGGCGCCCUCGAUGUAUGGUUCUAAGAGGGCUCCGGGUGAGAGAAGUUCGCCAGCUGGAAGCUCCUAUCGCGCCACAGUCAAUAGUCCAAGAGGGUUUCCAGGAACUCCAAACCCCAGGGCCGACCCAUGGAGUCGGCCAGGAUCACGAGACCCCCGGAUCCUCCAAGAGUUAGACCGAGCACAACAUGGCUCACAGUACUUGCAGCAGCAAGCUGGGUUUUAUCAUCCAGCCUACUAUAACGCCAGCCUGCCCCAGUUCUCAGCCCCUUACGACCCCUAUGUACCAAAUCCCAACUUACGGUCCCAAAUUCAACUCCCAGGGUACGGCUUAAUGAACUACCUUCCCAGUGUCUCGGUUCCCGUGAGACCCAGCCGGGACCAAGAUCCUGGUAAGGGUAUGCGCAGUGCCCUUCUCGAGGAAUUCCGAAGCAAUGCCAAAUCCAAUAAACGCUAUGAACUCAAAGAUAUUUACAACCACGUUGUCGAAUUCAGUGGAGACCAGCAUGGCUCGCGGUUCAUUCAGGAAAAACUCCAGACUGCAAACAGUGAUGAGAAAGAUCAGGUGUUCCGAGAAAUUGAGCCUAAUACACUUCAACUAAUGAAGGACGUCUUUGGAAACUAUGUCAUACAGAAGUUCUUCGAGCACGGAAACCAAGUACAGAAGAAGAUGAUUGCAGCGCAGAUGAAAGGCAAGGUGGCAGAGCUCUCAACUCAGAUGUACGCUUGCCGUGUCGUUCAAAAGGCACUUGAACAUGUGCUAGUCGAACAGCAGGUUGAAAUCGUGGAGGAGCUGAAGCCCGACAUCAUGCGGAUUGUGAAAGAUCAGAAUGGCAAUCAUGUGAUUCAGAAGAUUAUCCAGAUGGUCCCUCGUCUCUGCAUACCGUUCAUCAUGGAGGCUUUCCAAAGUCAAAUCGAGCCAUUGGCAUCUCACAACUAUGGGUGCCGAGUUAUUCAACGAAUUUUAGAGUACGGGACAGAAGCGGAGAAGAAGAUCUUGAUGACGGAUUUGCAUGGCUGCGCAGCCAGGCUUAUAACAGACCAGUACGGCAACUAUGUCACCCAGCACAUCAUCUCCCAGGGCGAACCCGAAGACCGACAGCAAGUUAUUCAGCUUGUCCUCCAAAAACUGCUUUUCUACUCGAAGCACAAAUUUGCAUCCAACGUGGUGGAAAAGUCGAUAGAAUUUGGUACAGCUGAGAACCGGAAGGCCAUCACGACCCAGCUCAUGGCUCUCCACAGCGAUGGAACUAGCCCACUCCAACACAUGAUGAAGGAUCAAUUUGGAAACUACGUGAUUCAGAAGCUUAUACAGCACCUCGAGGGUCCAGAUCGUGAUGCGUUGGUGGAGGAGAUGAAGCCACACUUUGCCGGACUAAAAAAGCUCAGCACCGGGCGGCAGAUCACGGCACUUGAACGACUAAUGUUGGCCACGUCGGGAAAUUCGUCAAACGGAGGGGCCGCCGGUGCCUCUAAUAGUCCUAUCACGCCCAGCUUACUAGUCGAAGUCAAUUCAGCGGCAGCUACUCCACUACUCACGAUGGAACAGAACAGUCCUGAGACAAGCAGUCCCCCAAGCACCAAUGCCAGCAUGGAAGAGCCCACUGGCGAAAAGAAUGCUAAGACGCCAUCUAUUGCCCAAGCUUACCGAACGGUCGAGGUUGACGACUCAUAGAGUAUUAUAGUUCUUCACUGUGGGCAAAUCUUGAUGCAUCUUC